ACAGACAAAACCUGAAAAACCGGACAUUUCAGAUUUUAAAUGUUUAUGGUGUAAUGCUAUUGUCCCAGAAACCACAUGACCAAAUGUGUUAAUAGGAAGAUGACUGUGCCUGUGUAGAGUUCCUCUCUGUCUUUGUGUUGAUCUCUCAUGGAGUGCAUGUUUGGUUGACAAUCAAAAACCAUGAAAAUUGCUAUUUUUGCCACAUGUAUGUUCUACCUUCAUCUUGUGGCCCCUCAAGACACAGAUCGCUAUUCUUACUGUGACAGCUGUCUAACAGCAGCUAGAGAGAUUGAAAAAGCCAUAAAGGAAGCCCCAGCUGUGAGAAGACAGACAGUGGCAGAGAAGCUUCUUGGUGGGCAACUAUGUGACAAACUUCCACUUUCUAAUCACCACCACAAAGAAAAAAUGAAAUCCUCUUGCAAGCACCUGCUUGAUACUUAUCGAGAGCAUUUUCUCGCUGCUUUGGCGAAUAAAGAGCCAGAGAAUCUGUACAUAACGCUGUGUUAUGAGCAGUCUCAUGCGUGUGUUGGGGUCAGACGUCAGACUUUUGAGGAUUCCAAAGCUACUUUCAAAGAUGCUGAUAUUGAUGCCAUGCUGCGGGACAAUAAAGAAAACGUGCGUAUGGCUCAGCCUAUACAUGCAGGAUCAUCUCCACACAAAGGGAACGCGAACAGGUCGCGUGCACGGUACUGGAACGUGCCCUGGCCGCGCGCUGCUGUUACUAGGAGGCGCUGUUGGAGCCCGGAAGAGCUGCGAGUAGAGAUGGUGAUGAUGGUCAAACCGAGGACCAAGGAAAGAAGGCAGGAGCUGUCUUUCCUUCUCCGUUGUGCAGCCGCUGGAGCCGUGCUUUCCCCGCUGCUGAGCGCAGAGCAGCGGACAGAGAUGUGUGGCCACAGACUGAAGGCCACUCAGAUGGAGCUUAGCAGACAGAGUCAUCAGAGGAACAAGCUUUUGGUCCGAGUGCAGGGCAUACUGGAUCAGGCCCAGACGCACAAAGUCUCAUGUAAAGAAGAUGACAAGCCAUCAGUUUGUAAAUCUGCAACAGGCUACACCCUGGUCACUGACUCUCCUGGGCUGUCCACAAGUUCCGGGUUUGGUUUUGAGACGAAUGGACGUGCAAAUCCAUGCUCUGAGACCCCCAUCCUCAACGGUUACAAGGCAGAGAGGGAAGCAACUGAGGAGGAAGAGGAUGAGGAUGAAGACAUCAGUUUGGACAGCCUUCUUAAGAGGUCCAGGGAGUAUGUGAAGAGAGAACAGAGUCAACAUUCAGCUAAAGUUGUCCGCAGCGUGAGCCAGACCCCCUCACCUGAGGCGGUCAAAGAGAAGAAGAGCUGCAGUCCUGCGAGGGACACAGGUGUUGAGUUUGGAUUCAGUCUGCACCACAGCCCCAUUGGCCCACCUCCCAUCCAGCAUCAAGCUUUCUGUGACCCCAGUCCUCAGAGGUCUGUCUGCGCCUCACCUGCCAAAGCGGACCGGUUUGCUUGUCUUCCCAGUCCGGAGCCCAGCAGUAGUCCUCGCCCUCACAGACGCAAGCCACGGCCGGUUUCCACAGGGAACAUUCAUUUUUCGUUUCCCAUUGGCCCAGCAGACCUUAUCCCUAGAAGCCCAGGCAGGUCAGCGGAAAGUGCCGGCAAGGCAGACUGGGGGGAAGCUGUGUCAGUGGGUCUAAAGUCCAGCAGUCAGGUGGGCUCAGAGGGAUGGGACCCCCCUAUCAGGAAUGGCAGCCGUCCAAACACCAGUCCGGCACAGGAGCACCAAAACCCCGCGGGGGCUUCGCUUCCCGGCUCGGUGGUGCAGCGUGAUCACAUGACUGCGGGAUAUCGUCGGCGCUGCCACACAUUGGACAGCCACCUGAGUCCCCAGCAGUCCGCCGCUGAGCCCGCAGACCGCAGCCAGGAGAGGCUGCCGCGCUUCAUGGCAGGCGUAACGUGGCUGGCUCAAGGUCGGCGGACCCCCGCAGCCCCCUUAAACCGGUCAUACGAGGUAGAGAACCCCUCGGCGUCUCUGCUGAGGCCCUGCAUUCCCCCUAACUCUCUCACAUUGGGGAUGGAGAGCGAUGAUUCCCUGGGGCAAAGCGAGGGCAGGAAAAUGCCAGCGGUCAGUCCAGCUCAAGCGCUGGUCAACCAGACUGAGGAGGCCCAGUGGCGAGCGCAGGCAUUGGAGGACAUGAAGAGGCGCCUAGAGGAGGAGCAUGCCCUGCAAAUGUCUCGACUCCUUGCUGAGCAGGAGAAGGAGCAACAGCGCCUCUGUCUGGAGCUUGAAGAGGCAGAGAGAAUACUGAAAGAGCAGGGAGGUGUGCGACCUCUCAGUGGGGACACUAGGGGUUUGAACUGUAGACCAGUGAGUGGCUGCUGUCCUAUCAUGAGCCCCUCCUGCCCAGGACAAAGUCCCAUCCACACACCAUCUGAGCGGUCACCUGGACACAGUAUAGGUUCACUAGGUUUUCCCAGUUGUGGACCUUCUAAUGUGUCCUCUCCCACCGUCCAGACUCCCGUUUAUCUUUGGGGUUCCACGUGGCCAGCUAACAAACCUCGGGGAAGACUUAGUCUGGUUCUGACUGCUGAGCAGCAGAAGUCGUUCUGUCGAAUUGGUGCCCUCGUUCGCGGCUUCCUCGUACGCCAACUGCUCAAAACAGAGAAAUUGAAACACCUACGCCAAACUAUUGUGGACACACAGGAGUUCAUCCGCUCUUUUCAUUCUGAAGCUGGAAAGAAGCGAAGUAGCUGCUCAGCUCAAGAUCUCUCCCUGCAGGAGCGCGUCAGAGCCCAGCUGCGUGCAGCCCUUUAUGAUAUCCACGAUAUCUUCUUUGAAAUGCCUUUGGGGGAUCGCCUAGCGCUGCUGCAGCAGGACAGGGAACUGCGAGCAGAGAGGAAGCUGCGAGACCUGGAAAAAGCAAAGUGCCCCAAAGAGCGAGUGGUUCUCUCUGCUGCCACACAGAGAUCUCUGGACAGGAAAAAGAGGGUCAGUGAAUCCCCAGCGCAGGUCAGCAAGAUGCAGCACAAGCCAAAGAGCCCCACCACUAACAGGGUUCAGAAGCCACAUCAAGGCCAGAGUUCCUCUGCUCAAAGUCAGCUGAACCGUCAGGGGAGCUGGUACAGAAAGACUCCAGAGGUGAAAGCAAAGCGCUCCGACAGCCUGAAGAAGCAGCACUCUCUGGGUUAACACAUGACCCAAAAUCACCUGUGAACUUGAUCUCCUUCUUCGUGUUUUAUCAAAAACAUUUUACCACUGAAACCCUGGAGGGCGCUGCUAACCUUUUGACUGUUUCAGUCUUCUGUCUGAAGUUCAGAUGAUUGUAUUCAGUGGCACACCUUUUACCUGCCGAUACUCUGUCACAUUGUCACUGUUUUAACUGCCACCACCUGCUGAAAAAAUUUGGUGAUAAAAGCUGAAUGUUUGUCACAAGAUGAUCUGAAUCCAUUAAUUACAGCUGCACUUAAGUUCACGCCAGAGAAAGGUCUGACCUAAAUGGAUGAUGGUUGAUUCUGUGCCUGGGAACUUUGCCUUUGCUGGGAUAUUUUAGCAUGCUAAUAUUUAUCAGCUGCAUUCAUAUUAUAAAGUGCUUUUAGUGGUAGGUAGCUACACAAUGAAGAAGUGAUAAAGUACAGUAUUGGGCUGUGUAAAGUUCACUCAGAUAUGAUUUUGUUCAAGGGCUCUGAGUGCCUUUGUGUGCUAGCUGAGGUUGUGGUGCUUGGAUUACAACACUUGUGUUUCACCAUUAUGCUUUAUCUAUGGCUAGUGUUAAAAAAGCUGUCACACAUAAUUAGAUACAUAGCAGGUAAGUAGCAUCAGUUGUAAUUUGUAAAGUAUAUAUAUAUAUCU